CCGCAGGUUUUCAAAAAGGGCGGGGGAUCAUGGCUGAAGAAACUGUUUCUCAAGAGCUGCGCAGCGCCUCUGAGCUGAGGAUCGUGCUGCUUGGGGGAAACUGGCCUGGGAAGAGUGCAGCAGGAAACACCAUCCUGGGCAGAGAGGAGGGAAGAUCGGGAUUCAUCUUCUCUGCUGUAACAAAGGAGUGUGAGAAGAGAACAGGGGAAGUGUCUGGGAGACGGGUCACUGUGGUCAACACUCCAGACUUGUUACACGCAGACUGGGUUGAGAUUGAGAGAUGUGUUUCUCUGUCUGCCCCGGGACCCCACGCUUUCCUCCUGGUGAUACCCGUGUAUACAAAACAAACGAUUGCCUCUCACCGUGAGUCUAUAGUAGAAGAGAGUUGCAUAUCCUUGGAGACAGUCCAGGAGAUAUUCAGUGAGGAGGCUGUGAGGAGCUACACGAUGCUGCUUUUCACACACGGUGACAAACUGAAAGGCAAGACCAUUGAGGAUUAUAUUCAGAUAGGCAGCAAGGAGCUCCAGCAGCUUGUUGAGAAAUGUGGGAACAGGUACCAUGUUCUCAACAAUGAGGACAGGAGCGAUCGCACUCAGGUCACACAGCUCCUGGACAAGAUAGACAACAUGGUGAAGGGAAACAACCCCAGCUACUACACCAGUGAGAUGUACCAGCAAGCAGAAGAGAAGAUCAGACAAAGACAAGAGGAGAUACUGAAGGAGAAGGAAGAGACAAUACUGAGGGAGGAAGAGGAGCUGAGGGCAAAGCACCUGAAAGAACUAGAGAACAUGAAAACGAAGAUGAGAUUGGAAAUCCAGAAAAGAGACGAGAAGAUCAGAGAGCUGGAGGAGAGGAUCAGAGAGCUGGAGGAAGAGCUGAGGAAAGAACAGGGAGAGAAUCACACGAUCAAACUGGAGGAAGAACUGAGGAGAAAGAGAGAGGAGAGAGAAAGGGCGGAGCGAGAGAAGGAGGAUUGCAUGGAGAAGGGGGAGAGAGAGAGGGGAGAGUACGAGGAGAAACACAGGAGAGAGAUAGAGGCGGUCAGGCAGCGCUACGAGGAAAUCAUCAGACCAGAAGCAGAGAGAUUCAAUGAGUUUAUCAGCACAUAUGAAAAGCCCGCUGAA